AAAUAAACGUCGAUUUGGUGGCACAGCGAACAAACAUCUCUCCUCCUCCUCUUCCUCAAUCACUCAUUUCAUUGAUCCUUCUUGAUUCGAUGGCGGAGGAAUGGCGUUUCUUUGGCUGCACUCUCCGGGAUAUCGAUAGCCAGCUGGGGGCACGAUGCCGAGCGACAUUGACGAGCGGGAAGGAAUACACGGGAUAUCUAUACACAGUCGAUCCUGAAACACAGACUGCCCUCAUACUGCUACGACAGUCUCAGGAACCAGACCAGAAACAAAGUCAGGAACACCACUUCCAAAACCAAGGUCAGGAUCAACCACAGAAGCAGCAAAGUCUGGAUGGCGAGCAGCAAAUUCAAGCACCAAGUGAGGAUCAAAAACAUAUGCUAUGCCCCACGGGGCUAGAUGAAAGAGUGUUAUGGACUAUAGUUGCAGUGCGCCAGCAUGCUUUAAAAUCGUGGAUGUGUCCAGAUGGCAAUACUUCAGACCGUCUUUCCUUGGAGGAAAUGGAUACAAUUACCCAUAUCUCCUCGGGGCUGAGCAGCCCAACAGUGAUCCAGGCCCGAAAAGAAGCCUUGGUGGAGAUGUUGCGAUCAGUAGGUGGACUUAAGCGGAUCCCAUUGGAGACAACGGCAGAUGAUCCUGUUGUUCACAUCAUGACGAGUGCACAUGUUCACCCUCCGUAUCUGGCUCAGUCGGUCGAGUGUCCAAACGAGGUGGUUCGCGAACGUGUCAGGGCCAUGGUCCAGGGGCUGCAGCAAGGCUGAGCGUGACUAUUGACGCAGUUGCCAGGCACCCUGAUUCCUGCGUUCCAGUGGUUCCUGGAUAUAUAUAUUUAUAUAUAUAUAGCAAACAAGUGGGCUAUACCACAGACCACUGUCAUUGGAAAUAAAACAUACAUUGGGACC